GUCGUUUACUGCGCUGACUGAUCGCAAACUGAGCGGACGAUCGUACCAUACGAUCUACCCCCAAUACGAGCAUUUUCGCCACUUUGGCCGUACGAGUGUGCUAAAGGUAACGAUUUCAUUGUGUGGUUCCGGUGCUGGUGUUACGGGCCGCGUGCUUACAGCUGCCAUAUCCUCUGUCCCUUAAAGCCGUUGCAUCCUUUUUUGCGAUCGUUCGUACGAGUACGAGUGCAGUGAUACGCGUGGUGAUAAAGUUUUGGUGCAACGAAAUUAGCUAAAACCAUCCCGCUUCCAUCCGGGGGUUUUGUCCUGGAACAAAUGUGAUAAACAAUUCUGGUGUACAUUUUAUCGGCGAAGAGGUAGAAUAGGUGGCGUACCAGGUGGAAAGACCAGCAAAGGGUUCGAAGCUGAAAAGUUUUUGUGUCAAUUUUUUUUUCUGUUUUGCUCGAGAUUGUUUGGUUUAUGUUUGACGUGUGAAAAGCGAGUUGGUGCUGAAAAGCUUAAGCCGGCUGCUUCGUACUCGGACCACCGCACGUGAAUUUAUACAUCGAACAUACACAGUAACGGCAACAAUGGCACCGAACGUGCUCGGCAACACGAUACUACUGGCCGAGACUUGCAUCGAGCAGGAGGAUCGCAAUAAUAACAAUGCACCGGUUGGCACACAGCAGUACAAGAACAAAUCCUUCCUGAAUGUACCACCAAAGCCGGCACCAGUUACAGAAGAGAUUAAGCCAAAAGAUGUCGCGAAGGUCCAGGGUACGAGUACGGGACGCCAUUAUCAGCAUGUGUACGUGUGGCGAAACAUUAUCGCUUUCAUCUAUCUGCAUCUUGGCUUUCUGUACGGCAGCUAUCUGUUGGUAACAUCGGCAAAAUGGAGCACAUUUUUCUUGGCACUCAGCUUGGGCUCGGGUGGCGCACUAGGCGUUACGGCCGGAGCACACCGGCUCUGGUCGCACCGGGCGUACAAGGCGAAGUGGCCGCUCCGUCUGUUCCUGAUGCUAGCGCAAACGCUAGCCUUCCAGAACAGCGUGUACGAGUGGGUGCGGGAUCACCGUGUCCAUCACAAGUUCACUGAUACCGAUGCCGACCCGCACAAUGCGACCCGCGGCUUCUUCUUCUCGCACAUCGGCUGGCUGAUGGUGAAGAAGCAUCCGGACGUGAAGGCGCGCGGCCGGGCAAUCGACAUGACCGACCUCGAGCAGGACGGGAUCGUGAUGUUUCAGAAGCGCUACUACGCCCUGCUGAUGCCACUGUUCUGCUUCGUCCUACCGACCUUUCUCGCGUACUACUUCCUCGACGAAACGUUUUCGAACGCCUGGUACGUGGUGGCCAUCUUCCGGUACGUGCUAUCGCUGAACGCCACCUGGAUGGUGAACAGUGCGGCCCACAUCUGGGGCACGAAACCGUACGAUCGAAACAUCUCACCGACCAACAGCACGUUAGUGGGGGUUGCAGCUUUCGGUGAGGGUUGGCACAACUACCAUCAUGUGUUCCCGUGGGACUACAAAACGUCCGAGCUUGGGACGUACAGUACCAACUUCACGACAGCUGUGAUUGACUUUUUCGCCCGUAUCGGCUGGGCGUACGAUCUGAAAUCGGUGUCGGACGAUCUGAUACGGAAGCGUGUACUACGUACCGGCGAUGGAACGCACCAGUACAGCGAGCAGGAGCUGAAUGCCCGCAUGGUGGAUUACAUCAACCAGCUGGAUCAUGAGUCUGAACAGGCCGUAUGGGGCUGGGACGAUAGGGACAUGAACGAGGAGGAUCGUCAGGAUGCCACCAUUAGGAAUAAGGCCGACUAGUGUCAGCCUUAUCAGAGUACACUAAUAGAGACUAGUGAAGGGGGGGAUUUUGUUGCACACUGAGCGCGCACUAAGGACACGCGCUCGAUGAGCGCUGGCGCUGCACAUAGUGGCACGGCGUGGCUACCAAUGGGGACAAAGCACUGGGGAGGUGUUACGUUAUGUUUAACUAUUUGUUUUUAAAUUUCUGUCCUUACAUAUUCCUCACGCACACACCUACGCAACCGUACAUUUUCUUUGCUGAGCGUUAAACAUUAUAUUUCUUCUAGCGUCUUAGGUAUGCGUUCGUAACGUGGCUAGAACUCAAAACGCUUCCACUUGAACUUAUGUUUUUUUUGUUUGCUUUUUUUAAAUUUCUCCCGACAACCUGGUCGUGAAUCGGGCUUCGCUCGAUGGCCCUUGCGAGUGUUUUUAACUCGUAACAAAACAUAAAUAAUGUAAGCCGACGAUUGUGACAAAGCAGAAAAAUGGAAGUGUAAUCGGGAAUGAAGAAACGAACGAAACAACAACCAAUGACAAUAUGCGACAGAAACAAGUGAAAAAAUGUGGAGAAGAACGCAGGAGACUAGCCAAUGGAUUGGGUGGCUUUAGAAAAGGUCGUAGAGAUCGUACCAGGGAAAAAAGGACGAAGGAAAAAAAACAAUAGUGUCGCGCUUUAUUUAUUUGUCUAUCGCUUUCAUAGUACUUAGUGGAUAAGCUUGAAUUUAAAUAAAAGACCUCAAAACAGA